CUCACCUUGUAGUAAACAAACAGAACACUCGGUAACACAGGCAGCGCGUCUGACAUUACUGCCGCCAGCAUGUCUAAGUCUGAGAUAGCGCGGCAAUUUGACCUCCCGGAGCGACAGAGUAAGCUGAACACAAUGCUGCGGGAGGAAGGGCUGAAGGACGAGCAGGUGUACUGUGUGUGUCGCACCUCAGAUGUCUCCAGGUUCAUGAUAGGCUGUGACAAGUGUGAGGAGUGGUACCACGGCGACUGCAUCAACGUCACUGAGUCCGAGGCAAACAAGAUACGGAAAUUCUUUUGUCAGAGAUGCAGACUAAAGGAACCCACCCUGGAGAUCAAAUACAAACAGAAGAAGCCCCACCACCACGACCACAGUGACAGCAAGCACCAUAAGGACAAGGAGAGGAAGGACAGGGAACGCAAGGACAAGGAGAGGAGAGACAAGGAAAAGAGAGAUAAGGAGAAAUAUAAGUAUGACAAACAUUCUGCCUCCAAGAGUAAGAGUAGCAGCAGUGGUGGUAGUAAAAGUAGCAGCAGCAGCAGCAGUCAGCGAUGUGGAGCAUGUGAGGCAUGUUACCAGCGCGAGGACUGUGGGCGCUGUGAGAACUGCAAGGACAUGGCUAAGUUUGGAGGCCCUCACAAGCUGCGUCAGAAGUGCAAGAAGAGACAAUGCCAUAACUUUGUGCAGCUCGCCCAGAGACCCAACAAGACCAGCAGCAACAGUCCCAAGAAGCACCGGGAGCAUGAGACAGACAAGCCCCCCAAGCCCCCAUCACAGCCCCCACUCAUUGUGAAGGAGGACUACCCCACCGUGCUCAAGGACCGCAACGAACACAGCGAGGAGGAAAUGUUUGAGUUCAACAAGAAGUACACAAAGGAACCAGUGAUUGUUGAGACCACCAAAACCAAAGAGAAGGAAGUCAAGUCGUUUAAUCGGAAAAAAAAAGAACAGGCACAAGGAAUGCGGAAACGAAAGAACCGCCACGAAUCAGACACUUCUGACAGUGAAUCAGACAGCGGCUUCAUGCGGGCAGACCAGGUCAUCACCCGGCAGUGCUUUGGGCCGCAGUGCACCAGGCUGGCACGUCCCAGCAGCAAGUACUGCUGUGAUGAGUGUGGCCUCAAGCUGGCUGAAGCAAGGAUCUAUUCUGUAUUGCCGCAGCGCAUUCAGGAGUGGAAGAUGAGUGAGUGUGUGGCGGAGACAAAGGACAUCAGGCAACUGGAGAAGAUCAGGCGGCAGCAGUUAGAGGCGAGGGAGGUGCUGCAGCAACUAGACCAGCGGCACCUUGAGUUAGACCGUUUAGUUGAGCGGGGAAGGAGAGCCAGUAUUGACCCCAAGGCUGAUGAUGGGGGAGAGGAGGAGGGCGUGGACAGCAUCUACAUCUACUGUGUUACUUGUGGACAUGAAGUUCAGGCCAGGAGAGCAGUUAGACACAUGGAAAACUGCUUUAAUAAGCUGGAGAGUCAGACCACCUUUGGCUCCAUGUUCAAGACAAGGAUAGAGGGCAACAACAUGUUCUGUGACUUCUACAACUCCAGCACCCUCACAUAUUGCAAAAGGCUGAGGGUGAUGUGUCCUGAACACACCAAGGCACCACUGGUCAAGGAUCAUGAGGUGUGUGGAGCUCCUCUGACCUCCAAUGUGUUUAACGUGACGGGAGAAAUAUGUCUGGCGCCCAAAAAGAAAUGUUUGCGUCACUACUGUUGGGAAAAGCUGCGGAGGGCUGAGAUAGACAUGGAGAGAGUCAGACAGUGGCUCAAAUUAGAUGAGUUACUGGAACAGGAGCGUACAGUGAGGCAAGCGAUGACUAACCGUGCUGGAGUGCUGGGACUGAUGCUGCACUCCACCUACGACCAUGAACUGGCAGAGAAGCUCCAACAGUCCCAGCAGUACCACCAGAAUGACCACCAGUACCACACCAACAGUACAAAGUAUCAACGAACCAACACCACCAGUAACACCGCUGCUAAUGCCACCACCACUACACAGCACAAACAGAAGAAACAGCAGCAGUCACAGCAACGCCAUCACUCCUCCUCACAGCGGUACAGCACAGAUCUCCAAACCAGUGAGACACAGCUUCCCAGUGAUCACCAGUACCACAGCACAGGACACAAGCAUCACCACAGCGACCACCAGUACCAUAACAGUGACCGCACCAGUAAGCAGCAACAACAACAGCAGCAGCAGCAGCAGCACCAUCACAGCGACCACCAGUACCACAGCAGUGACCGCACCAAGCCACUGCAGCAGACACCCCCCACAACGCAGCACCACCACAAUGACCACCAGUAUCAUUCCAGCAGCAGGGACCAGAAGUACCAGACCAGUCAGCGGUACCACUCAGACCACCAGUAUUACUCCAGCAAGAAACAAAAGUGAGUUAUGCUAUUUCAUACUCAUAGACACUUUACACCAUAGCCAACCUUCACUGUGACUUUUGUAUGGAGUGUAUAUUAAAAUCUUCAGGGAUGUAUAUACGUAUAUUCACUUUGUAAUGUAGUUUUAUAAAGAAAAAUAUUGGUGUGCACUUCAGUAUGUGAACUAACAAUUUAGUUCUACUUGAAGAUAGUAAUGAAUUGUAAUGCUAAUUAAUAAUUCUACCUUUGGAACUUAAAAUUUUAGUGACAUGUAAGAUGUGAUGAAAAUUGUAUAGUAUUUCUAUUUAACAGCAAAAAAGUAAGGUGAAGAAUGUGGUGGAGUUCUCAGCCAGCCUCAAGACACAGGGCACUUUGUGUUAGUAUUCUUUGUGAUGGGGAGAGAAAACUGACAAAAUGUACAAUUCUUAUCAAUGCUAAAAAGGAAGAAAAUUAAUAAAGUGUUUUCUAAAGGUGA